GAUGUUGUAAGUUUGUGUUAGUGGCGUAGAUGGAGAGUUAAGUACGCAACUCAACAUUUUCACCUUUUGCAGCUAUAAAUAGAGAUGUUUGGAAGAUGUUUUACAUUCCAACACAUAGAAAAACCCUUUCACAUUUUUAUAAUUUUAUUAUCUUUCUCUUAGUUUGAAAUCUUUGCGUAAACAAAUGGCUAAUGUUGGAAACACUAGUGGGUCUACUCCUUUUGAAGAGCUGUGUCUUGAAAUCUUGAAUUUGAACGAUGAAAUUCAGAACCUCGUGAGGGAGAUCGCGCAUCUUAAUCAUCCAAUUGGUCGACCUGAUUUUGGUGCCAUUGAAGAAGCCAGAAAGAAGCUAACUGAUAAGAGAAUGAAGUUGCAAGAGCUCUGUGAAAAGAAGAGAGAAGUUAUGAAGGAGAAGAAGGAAACCCCACAGUGAUAGGUUACUUUUACUUUUCCAGUGAAGCUCCUUCUUAUGGAUAAAUAAAUAAUUGAGAUGUUGCUAUGCGUCUAAACUCUGAUGAGGAGUGCUAGACAAGUUAAUUAUUUUACUUUUCUUGAAUUGUUUAAGUCUAGUGAGACUUUAUAUAUAAGUAUGCAUGGUUGGUUUCAAUGUGUGCCUUUCUUUUAAUAUCUUCUUCUUCUGUAUGAGUCACAUCCUCUAAAGAGGAUAUUUUCUUGGGAUCAAAACAGAUAAGGAAUUUAAAAUCACUCUCAUUUUUUAA